CGACGUACUCGCCCCGCCCCUUCCGGUCGGGUCCGCCGGCUUCUCCGGACCACACGUGUGUUCUGCUAGGAUCCCGUGUGAGCUGAGGCGCCGCCGUCGGUGAGGCUGCCCGACGUGGAGUGCGGAGGUCCCCGGGGCGCGAGGACGUCACCAUGCCUAAAGCACUAAAGGGAAAAGGUGUAGGACGAGAAAAAAAAGUCAUCCAUCCAUAUAGUAGAAAAGCAGCUCAAAUUACGAGGGAGGCCCACAAACAAGAAAAAAAGGAAAAGUUGAAGAAUGAAAAGGCAUUGCGGCUCAAUCUUAUUGGUGAAAAACUGCAGUGGUUUCAAAAUCAUCUGGAUCCCAAAAAAGGAGGGUAUUCAAAGAAAGAUGCUUGUGAAUUAAUUGAAAGGUAUUUAAAUCGAUUCAGCAGUGAGCUGGAGCAGAUUGAAUUACAUAACAGCAUCAAAGACAGGCAGGGAAGGCGGCACUGUUCCCGGGAGACAGUCAUCAAACAGACAAUGGAGCGGGAGCGACAGCAGUAUGAAGGCUAUGGCCUCGAGAUACCAGAUAUUCUAAAUGCAGGUAAUCUGAAAACUUUUAGGGAAUGGGAUUUUGAUCUGAAGAAAUUGCCAAACAUUAAAAUGAGAAAAAUGUGCGCUAACGAUGCAGUUCCCAAGAAGCACAAGAAGAAAACUACUACACCUGUGGACAAAGAUUUAGGGGAGCUACAGCUACAUGAGGAAUCAAGUGACUCAGAUGAGGAAAUGACUGCAGUGGCCUAAUUGUUCUUUACUGGAGUUGAAAAUAGAUACAAAUCAGCAGAAAUUCUGGUAAGUUAAAAAAAAAAACUAUGGAAACCACAAAAAAGGUACGAGUCACUUGUUUAAUAUACAAAGUCUUUCACAGAUAAUUAUAUUCUUUUCCUUAAUUUGUCUUAAUACACAUUAUUCACAAAACAGUAAAGUGUUAAUGCAAGAGAAUUAGGUAAAACCAAAAAAGUACAAAUGCUCAACCUCAAAAAUUGCACACAGUCAAAAUAAUUGUUUCUUGUUUGUUUUAAUGCAAAAUCCAAUCUCAAAGUGGGCUUUCAUCAGAUAUGAGGAAACAGCCCAAAAUAACAGGAUGUCCUUUCAACUGUAUUGAUAUGUAAAAUAGCACCUUUGGGCUGAUUUAAGGAAAGAAAAAAGGUUUUCAUCUUAAAGUGUGAGUCCUACACCAUUAUUACAUAACAACUACAAUAAUGAUGAUAAUGAGUUUUAAUAGCUCCACUUUGUUCCAAAAUGUUCAUUGGCAAGGCAAGGCUAGGUAAACUGUAUCAGGCAGAUGGGACAGUCUUCCCCAUCUCACCCUAGUGACAAUGAUGAUAAUGUCACUGCACUGAUGAGCUAAUUUCCCAACCAAAGACUCCCUGUUUGAGGAGGACCCAAAGACCUUUUGCACAAGAUAAAUGUAACUAUGGGGCCAUCUCUCUGGGACUAGAAUCACAAGUACCAGCAGCUCAGAGUGAAGAUUUAAUCCUGGGGCAUUCAGUAUGUAUAUACCUGUCUUCUUUCAAUUCUCCAUUGCCCACUCAGGUUGAUGGGAUCGUUUCUGUUUCUGUUUUUCUUUUCUAUUUUGGUUUGUGUUUGUACUUAAGCUUCAUGGCCCUUUGCAGUUCACUUUUAAAAAGAUACUUGAAUCUUAAUUCUUUAUAAUUUAAUCUUUGGUCCUAUAUAAUAAAAGUGGCAGUUCUUUAAAAAAAAUUAACAGCAUAAAGCUAUGUGAUUUGAUGUAUGGGAUGGAUAAUACCACAGAUUCAUGACUAUAAGAAUCCAAAGUUCUGAACAGAACUGUCAGCUCAUUCUUCAGUGUCAGUCCGUUGUUUCGAUUCCAUUUUAUUUCUUCCAUGAACGGGGAAACGUGCUUUGGAAAAAUCGUCAUUUUGGAGAGCAGCGCUUCUCUUUGAAAGGUACGUCCAGUCCACAUAGGCCCUGUUACAAAGCCAAAUCCUUCGAAAGGGCAAAGGCACCAUUGCCACACAGAACAUAAGAAAAUAAUCCACAUUAGGUUUCAAGUGCACAUAGUUAUUUAGACUGAACCAUAAACAGCCAUUGCAGAAAAAGUUUUAAAAAGAUUUAAAUUCAGGAGUUCAGGGUUCAAAACGGUCAGAAGAAUAGCAGAAUAAAAUACUGACUUUUAACCUGCUAGGGAGCUCUAUUAUUUUCUCAUUUCAAAAAAAGUCAAAGCCUGUACAAGUUCAUGUUGAGAAUUUAGGUAUGGUUUUAAGAUAAUACCUUAUCAUCUUUUGUCAUUCAUACAGUAAUGCUCACCUUUACUUUUCAUCCCAGAAAUGUGUUCUUAGUGUUGAGGGAAGCCCUUAAUACACGAGGCCUUAUUUUAGCCAGUCACCUGCCACUGUGAAAUGAGCUAUGCACUGAUCUAUUUUGCCUAGGUCUGCACAGUAUAUAAACAGUAUUUGUGGUGCUAACAAUCCUUUUCUUUCCAGAGCAAACAAAAGAGAAAUCAUUUCUUUGUUUGCUGGUGGCUAGAUUUUUCCACCCAGGAAUAUUUGUAAACAGCAUGUUGCCAUCUCUAAACCAUAGGAAACAUGGAUUAGUAAAAAGCUUAGGAAAAUUAACAGUUCAUUUGAAUCAAGGUUAAUCCCUUGGGUGGAGGGGGGGCAUGGAGUUUAGUUUGUUUAGGUCCUUAUUUUUUAUUACUAGUACACCGUUUAUGUCCUUAUUUGUACAGAAAUUUUGGUUCAGGUUAAUUACCUCAACUUUGUUUUCUCAUUGCCUUUAUUCCACAUCCCUGUAAUACGUUUUAAGAAAGAUGGGUUUCAAACCUUUUGUUUCCUGCCUGAACGAGAAUAUUUUUCUCAUGUAUGUACAUGAGUACACACACACAGGGUAGACAUUGUUUCCCUUUAUUUCUAGGAAUCGGGACUGUUGGACUCAGUGUCAGCCACUACUAAUAGUCAUCUUUCUCAUUAAAAGGUUAUUUCUUUCCGCUUUUUCCUAUGAUAAUCAGUGAAGAACAAGCACACGGAUAAUUACAAAGUGCGUCAAUGUGAUACCCGGAUUUGUGCAAUGCGAUACCCAUGCUUUGGUUCUUAUGGCCAUCACGGUUGCCUUUUCACAAUAAUAAAUAUGACA